GCAAGGUUACAUCAGCGGACAGGAAGCCCCGCUAGACGAGCUCCCAUCUUGGAAGCGAGAACUUAUUUUACGUAAGAGGGCCAACGCCAGAAUUCACGGGGGAUUUGGCCUGGCGCCUCCUGCUGCACCGAUGGCGGGUCGUGAACGAGGCUCAGUGAGUGGGCCAGUGUCGCCAUCCUCGCUAAGUGGCCCACACAACCAAGCACUGAUAUCCUCGUUGAGUGGCUCCCACCACCCGGUUGCUACAAGCUCGCUGAGUGGCCUCCACCACCCGGCAGCAGCACGCUCACUGAGUGGGUCAACUCCCUCCCACCCCCACCCUUCGCCUCAUGCGAACUACACGGCGGUCAGUUCACGUUUGGAUGGUGCACGUGUGACUGUCAGUGGUGGUGGUGAUGGAAAUCAAACCCAUAAAUAUGGUAUAACAGGUGGAGUAGCGAGUGUAAACGUAAGCAGCAACAUGCAUCAUAAGGGUUUAAAUGAUGAGGGGCCGAGGGUCACCUCGCCUACGUAUUCCACCGUCAGUGACUCCUAUGCUCAAGAAGAUGAAGAACUUAGGUAUGGACCGGGCAUCGUGUCCAAACUUAAAAACCGGUACUUGAGCCUGGCCAUGAGGGAGACGAGGUCCCGGCCGUCGCUACGCAGGUUCAGCUCUCUAGAAGACUUGUUGGAUACUGAACCCCGGGAAACCUGGCAGGAAAGUGGCAGCAGUGAUGUCAAGCCUCGCACCGCCCCGGACACUGCCAUCAGUCACCGGCGCGAGGUGAUGAGAAGGGCACGAUCUGUGGAUUCCUUGAGUUGUAGACUAGCCGAGGACACUACUAGGACUAGGACCACAGGGCUUCCUAAGAGUAGGUCGGCUACAAGUCGUCUCCAAUCUAGUCUGUGUGCGCUGGGCAAGGAUGACGUCAUCAUCAUAGAGACCAGCAGGCCGGUGACCAUGGAACACAAGGCUGUAAAUGGUGCCCAGACAGUGGAUGCUGGCGAGCCUCCACCUCUCACCCGCAAGCUCUCCUCUUCUAGCUUAGUGGAAGACGAAGAUAUGCCCGCCCCAGACACCGUUCGCCAAGUGAAGAAGUUAUUCGAACCCACUAGUAACCGUCCCCUGCGAGGCACAGCUGCUCGUGUGGCCGCCCACAAAGCAGCCCAGUCAUCAAAAACUAAUGGUGUUGCAUUAGUCUCCAAGCCAGCGCUUAAAGUCAAGCCUUCUGUAAUGCCAGGCCGUAAAAUUACUCCUCCAUCCUCCACACAGUCUAUCACCAUCGAGGAAGCUAAGUCUUCCCUUAAAAAAGUGGCACAGGUGACGCGGCCGUCACCGCGGGCCACACUUAGUGUAAGGGCCACAGCCCUAAACGGCGAUGCAACAUCCCCUACAAAUUCUGGUCAGGAACUAGUAAGUACAGUAAGGGCGAGGGCAGGGUUGACCCCUGUGAGUGCGUCUGUUACUGCACCCUUGGUGAAUGGUGACCCCGGACCAAGGCAAGCACACAGCGAAAGUCUCAGUGCGUUUGAGGUAGAGGAAGGGGUAAGGAGGGUAUCCAACAUUGCCGUCUCAAAUAUUAGGAAGGAGAGUCAUUCUCAGGAAUUUAACUUUACAAAUCGACCUGCCAACACUCCUGGUGGUUCAUUAACAUCACCAAAACCGUCUUCCCCAACGCCCACGCCCUUGCCAGCCUCCCCCAUUGCUUCUCACAGAGUGCCCGCCCACACGUCCUUAAGUAGUAAAGGUGAGAGGGCACAGGAGAGUGAACGCGUGCAUCAAAAGAACCUCAAGAACGCGAAGUCGCUACCACAGACUCCGCCAGUGUUGCCUAAUCAAACAAAAGUAGAGACCCCAACAAAGGUAGAAACUCCUCAAACAAAAUUUCCCACCCCAGCAAAAGUGGAAACUCCUACAAUAACCAAAGUCGAACCUAACAAACCUGUCCCUAAGGUGGAACUUUUUAAACCCUCUCCAAAAGUGGAACCCCAGAAGAUAACGAGUCCAAAGAAAGUUGAAUCAAAAUCAGAAGUGAUAUCUCCCGUGAAAACUGAGCUAAUCAAAUCACCUUCAUACCCUACUGAGGCGCUAGUGAGGAGCUCUAACAAGGGAAGCUUGGUGGAGGCCUUCAAUAUUAACAAACAACCACUCGCCAAUAAUAGUCCAGGGAGUACCCCAACCACCACCAAAACGGCGAGCCAUCGGGACCGUUGGCACCAACAGGAGAACACAUCACUGGUGUUCAACUUCACCAGUAGUAAAAAGGAAACUCCGGACUACAUAGAGAAUGAUGGCAUCGACUUGUCCAAGAGACCAGAGCAACUGGACUCUGGGUAUGUGAUAAUGCCAGGGUGGGAGGGUCGGGCAGACUCCAGUACUGACGGUGAUGACCUCGACGACACUGGCCUCGACUACCUCGACAGCAGACCUGGUGUCCUGCCCGCUCCCUCCGGCAUCGUCUUCGAGGGCGAGGCCGUUAUUAUCAACGGCAGGAGCAACCUGCAACGGCAACCCAAGAACAAGAAGCUGUGUAUAUCGUUCGACGACACGUUGACGACGACAUAUGAGUACCCGAGUGAGCUCUUCCUGCUGGCGGAGGCUGGCCUGCUGCCCCUAGACACCAUCACCACCACCAUACCUUCCUCCCCUGAUGCUACCAACAACACUCAAGCACGAGGAAGUUACAGACCCCAGCGUCCUAUGGUAACUGGCACCUCCAGCGUCACCAUUCAUGUGGGCUCAAAUGGCAAAGUCCUCACCCCACCUGCUUUACAGUCAAAUCAAAAGUCUGCUAGCCCUUUCCCAUCUGCCAUUAGCAUUCCAUCACAGAAACCUUCUACAUUCAAAUCUGUCUCCUUUCUUUCACCUGUUUACAAUCUACACCCCUUGAAAUGCUCCCAGAGUAGUUAUGAAAAAAAUGAUACUGAAAUAGAAAAUGUUAAUAAAAAUAUUAUAAAGGGUCCAAAAGAUUCCUUAAGUAAGUAUGGAUCAGUAAAGUUUGCAAAGAAAUCCAGAAAGCCACCACCACCUCCCAUUCUUGCUAAUGAUAGUAGUACGCCAAUCAUUUGGUUACCAAGCUUCCAUCACCAGUAGC